AUGAGCUUCCUCACGCUCAAGCGCUACAAGGUCGGCACGUUCGCGCUCGGCGCCGCCUUCCUCGCCGUCAUCGUCGGCCAGAAGCUUGACCGGGCAGGCGUGACCCGGUCCGUGUCGCCGCUCAACAACGACGACUGCUUUGCGGUACCAGGACUCGAGGCGUGCGAGGACGCACGGUGGGUCGACCAGGAGAGCGGGCUCGCCUACCUCGCCUGUUCUUCACGCGAGGCUCGCACGCUGUGGGUCCCGGCUACCUCCCAUUUAAAUGCCACGGAGCUCCCGACCGUCUCGACCGACUAUAUCGCCCUCCUCGACAUCAACACGCGGCAGUACAAGCGCGUCCGCCUGGACGGCCUUCCGCCGGCCGCCAACGGCAUCUGGGUCCACGCCAUCGAGCUGUACCGCUCGCCCUCGAACCCGAACAAGCUCACCAUCUUCGUCAACUCGCACCGCCCGCCGUCGGACCGCUCGCUCGCCCCUACCCAGGGCGCCGACUCGGUCGUCGAGAUCUUCGACACCGAGGUCGGCAGCGACUCGGCGCGGUACGUCAAGACGAUCCAGCACCCGCUCGUGCGCACGCCCAACAGCAUCGCCGCCGUCACCGACAGGUCGUUCUACGUCUCGAACGACCACCGGCACAAGGUGCACUGGUCGCGCAAGUUCGAGGUCCUCAAGAGCAACCCGAGCGACAUCAUCUACUGCGACGCGUCGGGCUCGGGCGAAGCGCAGUGCAUGGUUGCCGCCGACAACGUCAUCUACCCGAACGGUCUCGCGAGCGGCCCGAACGGGCUCGUCUACCAGGCGUCGACCAUCGAGGGCCUCAUGCGGGUCUGGCAGGCGCAGCCGAACCACACUCUGGCCGCCGUCGAGGAGGUUCACAUCAACCGCCACUUCGACAACGUGCACGUCGCCGUCACGCCCAAGGGCGUCGACAUCUACCUGACGGCGCUCACCAAGCUGUUCGACUUUAUGGCGGCGGGCAAGGACGGCGGCAGGAGUGGACCGCGCCCCGCCGUCGAGGUCUUCAGGGUUCGCGAGCAAUCCGAGAAGAAGAGCGGCGGCAAGAAGUACCGGUCCGAGCGCGUCUUUGGCGACUCGGGCGAGAUCGUCAUGGGCUCGACGACGGCGGCGCCGUACCAAAACAAGCUUCUCCUCACCGGGCUCUUCUCCAAGGAGGUCAUGGUCUGCACGCUCAAGCAGUGAGGCGCCAUCCCUCGCUGCGCCCCUUCCAUCCUUUUCCUCUCCUCUCCAUCGAUCUGCAAGGAAAGUCUGAAAUGAAUGCAAGCCGUAUCUGUCCCG